AUGGACGUUCCUACGGUUCUCUUUAUGAACGUAGGAGAAGGAGAGACCAGCUACGCCAAGAACUCUUCCGUUCAGGUUCCUACUCGAAGAAGGGAAAACUCUUCGUCCGCCUUUUUCCGGGUUUCACUUAGUCCUUCCAAUAUGUUUUCUGCAGAAAGAAAUAAUAGAGGGCGCGUGGUCUAUCACAGUAGAGGCUGUCCUCAAUCUAGUCUCCGCAACCAACAACGACAAGCUCAGUAUAGCCGACCUGGGUUGCUCUUCCGGGAAGAACACCCUCCUUGUAAUGGGGAAAAUCGUGGAUACCGUUGAGGCGGCAUGCCAACGGCCCGGCCGGCCUCCGCCGGAAUUCCAGCUGUUUCUCAAUGACCUCCCAGGAAAUGACUGGAACGGCGUCUUCUGUUCUCUCGCGACCUACAAUAAUCUGCGGCUGGAUAAGGACCUUGGCCGCUGCUACGUGGCAGGAGUCGCUGGUUCCUUUAAUGGGAGGCUCUUCCCCGCCAACAGCAUAAAUUUCUUUCACUCUUCUUGUAGCCUCCAUUGGCUAUCUCAGGUUUGUUAGAUUUUUCUUUAUUCAGAUGAAACACCGUUAUGUCAAAAGUGAUGAUAAGGAUAAAGCAAUUGAAUGUAAGUAAUUCACUUUAGAAGUCAAGUUUGUCUAAAUCUAUUGCCCUAUGACCUAUAUUAGAUGUCCAUCAGAUUAAUAGUUGUUUGAAGGCUAUGUCGUGGAGUAAAUUUCUUCUGAAUAAAACCUCUAUUUGCCUUAGAUAUAUUGUCUAGGGUAUUAAGUGUCUUGUGGCCACUCUAAUAAGCUAACCACAACACGUUUUAGAGAUUCUUUUAUUUAUAAUAAAUUUUACAUAAAUUAUAAAUUAACCGUUUGUAUAAUAGGAAAUGUAUACCAUAACAAUAAAUAAAAAAUGGAUUUAAUACAAAUUACCAAUUUCAUAUAAUAAGCUUAGUAAGGUAUGACUCUACAUGAAUAAGAAGAUAUAGAGAAUACCAAGCUUCAAAGUUGAUCUAUCUUUGUUUUAUCAAAAAUUAUAAUGUCAAAAGACUUAUUGUGUCACCCUUAAGAUUUCUUUCAAUGCAUAUCCAUUAUCUAGAACUUGUUUAAUUUUUUCAUUUUGAAUGCAUAUUUAGGAUCCAUUCAAGGCCAUUAGUCAAGAUAAUAAGCCCCUUCUAAACAAGAGCAUCAAUAUAUCUGAAAUAAGUCUUUCUUAUAUACUAGAUACAUACAAAAUGCAAUUCAAACAUGACUUCUCAGAUUGUUUAAGGUUCAGAGCCAUAGAAAUAGUUGUUGGAGGUCACAUAGUGUUGAGUUUUUAUGGUAGCUGAUAAGUCUUCAUUAUCAUGAGUUAAUAAUGAAUAAAUUAUAUAAUUUAAACCUUAACUCAUAAUAAAUAGACUUAUAUUUAUGUUAAAUUAUGAAAAGUGAUUUUCAAUUGAUUAAUGUGAAUUUUUGGUUAAUUAUUUAAUUUUCUAUAAAUUUAUAUAAUUUUUAUAGUUUUAGUAUAAAAUUCAUAAAAACUUGUAUUCUUUAAAAAAAAUUGAAAAAAUAUCUGAUAUUAUAUUAUAUCCCUACGAUCGACCUAGAAGAUUACCACUAUUUUUAGAAGUUUUAUUGAAUUAUAAUUGAUAUAUUUGUUCAGAAAUACUACUAAAUAUCUAAAAGUUGAUAUUUUUUAAUUUUAUAAAUUUUAAAUUUACAUGAUUUACUAUACAAUGACUAAAUCACAUUAAAUUUUGGCACCAUUGCCAUGAAUGUAUUACAUAAUAUUUAGUAUUUUUCUAUUUUUCUCUUAGAGUACACAAAAAAUUAACUCUUUUUAUAUUUUCUUCUUGCCAAAAAAAAGAAACGAAGAGAAGCAAGGCAAGCACUAAAGCAUACUAAAGUAGGGUAACAAUUAUUAAAACAUUUCCUCAAAUUUAUUGAUUUUUAUGCAUGGUAGACGACCCUUGCAUCCAAGGCUAAAAAAUCAUUCCUUUCACUAUUUCAUUCAAAACUAAAAAUCUGAAAGAAAAAUAAAUUUUGAUGGAUCCUAAAGGAAGUAUAGGUCAAACUAAGAACAAUCCUAUAGCUAUGAAAAAUUAUUAUAUCCCUGAUUCAUUUCAAAGAGCAUCUAAUAUUAGAGUCCUAUCAGCACCCACUAUGAAAUUCGAAAUAAAUUUAAAAUUUUUUCAAAUGCUUCUUAAUUUUCACAGAUUGCCUUUAGAGGAACCUCAUCAGUAUUUAGAAAAAUUUCAUAUGAUCUAUGAUUUAGUUAAUCUAUCUCAAGUUACAUCGAAAAUUAUUUAGAUGAAAUUAUUUCUUCAUACACUUAGGGACAAAGCUAGUCAUUGGCAAUCCACAUUAGAUAUAGAAUUAACUAGCUAGAAAGACAUAGAAUAGACUUUUCUUUGAAAAUUUUGUCCCUUAAGAAAAAUUUAAAAUAUGAGAAAAAUAUAUAGAGUUUUCCUAAAAGACUAGAAGAAAAACUUUGCAUGAGAUGGAAAAAAUUCAAAGUUUUACUUAGAAAAUGUCCUCAUCCUGUUAUACCAAAGUGGCAGCUUAAUAGAAGUUUUUAUGAUGAAUUAUUAAAACAACAUAGAAAUAUGGUUGAUUCAUAUGUAGAAGAGUUUUUAUGGAGAAAAUUUCUGAUGAAAUUUACACCUUUUAUGAGAAUUUAAGUGAAAAAUCUAGAAAUCAAACCUCUUUGGAGUUAUAUGAUAGGGAUAAGAAGAGAGGAAUUUAUGAAUUGCAUCAUGAUAAUGAUUCUAAUUUAAGAAAUGAAGUUAAUCAGAUUAAUCAAAAAUUAGAAAAACUUGAUUUACUUAGUGAGAAUAUUAAAAACCCUCCCAACCUUUAAUUGAAUACAUAUAGUGCCUAUCUUAUGUAUAAUGAAAAUGAUUAUUUUGAAUUUCAAUAUUAUAAUUUAGAUCAAUCAUUUCAUCCUAAACAAGAGCAAGUGUAAGUACCUCACAAUUUUAGUAAAAAUAAGGAAUAUUUUUCUAAUUCUUAUAAUCCUAAUUGGGGGAAUAAUUUUUCAUGGAGAAACCCAAAUAAUAUUCAAAAUCGAGAAGCACUUAGAUCCAAUUCAAAUUCUAAAUUUAAUCCAAAAUAGGAACACAUUUCAAAAAAAUCAGCCCUCUCAAAUCCAACUUGAUUUUAUAAAUAUGAUGUAACAAAUAAGACAAAUGAUGCAGCAAAUAAUGAACCAAAUGAUGUUGUAGUAAAAAUAAUUUAUAAAGGCUUUUGAGAAUAAGAGAGAAGAGGGACAACCACUUAGUCAGCCCAUAGAAAAUUUAGGAAACUCUUCAACAAUAGAAUUUCAGCAAAGAGAAUUUAGCUGAAUAAAUUUAAGAAAAAAUCUACGAAAUGAAAAUGUUAGGACAAUGAAUACAUUGAGUGAGAAUAUUUUACGUGAUCUUUAUUUUCAAUUAUUAAAGGAAAUAGAUGAACCAUUAGAAGUAAAUGAGAAUAUUAAAGUUGAAAAUAUAGUAGCAAAAAAUUUGAAUAAAAUGAUUUAUUGUUCACAAUUGAUGAAUGAAUAUAGUGAAGAUGAUGAGAAGAAAGAGCCCUUAAAUGAAGAAAUAAUGGCUGAUCAUGGAAAAAUCAUUCAAAUUUUAGUAGAAGGGAGUAAGGACAGAAAUGAAGAAAAAUAUAUUUCACGUGAAAAAAAAUCAAUUGAUUUGAGAGAUGUAACAGACGAAAUUCAUAAAUCUAAUCAGAAUUUUACAACCAUAGAUGUUGAUAGUGAGGAUGAUGAUAUAUAUCAUAUAUCAAAAUUAGAAGAUAAACAAAAAAUUAGAAGAAUUUGAUGAGUUGAGAAAUGAAAAGCCAAGAAAAGAGUUGAUUCAACUAAUGGAGAGAAACGAAAAUAAUGAAUAUGAAUAUAGAGAUAAUUUUGGAGGAGAAAUUUUAAAUUUAAUUGAAUUCAUUAGAUCUAAGAUUAAAGAAGACAAUCCUUCCAUCCUUCAAAACCCACAACCCAUUAAAAUCAUUUCUAAGCUUGAAAUAUUUUACUCCUCACAAAUUCAAUAAAUAUGUAUGGAAGAUAAAAUAGAGUAGGGGAAGAUUAUGUUGAUAAAAGAAUACAUUAAGAAAUGGGUGACUGAAAGAAUUAGAGAUAUCAAUUUAGAUGAAAAAAAUCUCGAUUGAGUAAGAGCUAAUUUGAAAAUUAUAUCGCUUGAUCAUAUUUUAUGGUCUAUUAAUAGAAAGUAUUUAUUAAUGAAUGAGAGCUUAUGAAACAAGAUAAAAAUGAGGAAAGGUUCUUUUCAAAAUGAAAAUAUUAUUUUUGAGAACAUUUUGUUAAUUUUCAUUUUUUUUGGCUGAAAGUAUGUCAAGGUAUAUAUAAAAGUAUAUGAAUUAUGCUAAAUUUGAAAAAGAAUAUCAUGAAACUUACCUUAAGAUCUGAUAGUCAUAGAUUUGAAACUUACCUAAAUUUGAAAAAGAAUAUAUAUUUUGAUAAUCAUAGAUCAUCUUAUAUGAUUUAAGAUCUGUUCUAACUAAAGACAUUAAAUUCAAUGUUAUAUGAGAGGCAACCCAUGAUUUCUAUUUCAUUUUGUUUGAAUUUUUUUUUUAAGUUCUGUUUUUCUUAGAAUUUCACAGUGUUUGUUUCUUACAAUUAUUUUUUUUCGAAAAAGUGUAAGAAAAGGAGUGCAAGAUAAAGUGAAAAAUUAAAAAUGAGGUUUCAAUGAUGUCUUUCUGAGCAUUAUAAUUUAUGACAAUAUUUUUAGUACUUAACUUUGCAUAAUACAUGCUUCACUUGAAAAUUAUAUUUUCUACAUAUUCCGUUCUAAUUUUUCUAUGUUAUUGAGGACAAUGUCAUUUUUAAGUUGAGGGGUCAAGUAUUAAUUCUUAUUUUAUGCUGUAGGACAAUUAAGAACAUGUGUUUGUAUCUUUUUCAUGCUCACUUAGAACAUAAAUUAAAAAAAAAAGAAAUUCAGAAAAACUACAACAUCUAUUUUUUAGUUUUCUAUCAAGAAUAAUAGAUUGUCAAAAACAAUAGAGAAAACAACCCAAAAUUUGAAAUUCUAGAGACCCUUUUCUCGCAUUUCAAUCCUUUAGACAUAUAUUGUUGAAAUUAGAAAUUACAGCCAUAAAGAAGAGAGUUUUGAUUUAUUUUUGACAAAUUUAUUGUUGCUAAAAAUAGAACUGAAAAUAGAAAGUAGAACUGUCAGACUAUCGAAUUUACAAAUUUCUUACAUCAUAUUGCAUGCACGAAAAUUUAAAAUAAUUAGAUUGAUUGAUACCAAAGAUACUAAGAAGAUUAUUAUUGAGUUAAAAGAAUGAUUUAGUAGCAUAAAAUGUUGGAAUACUCCUUAGAUACAUGAUAGAUAACAUGGAUUUGAUUUUACAGAUUUUUACUUCAUGAUCUUGAUAGAUAGUAUUUACUUGAUGUAAAAAUUUGAUUGAUCAUUUGAGUUUAAUAGAGAUUUUUAUACCCUAAUCUGUAGGACUUGUGAAAAGAAAUUACUUAUUUUGAAAAAAAAAGAUAAAGUAAUGUGAAAAAUUUAGAAAUGAAGAGUACACAUGAAGGGUGUGAGAUAUCAUUCUCAUUGUCGAAAACCGUGCAUAGAAAAACACCUACUGCAAAAUAAGUAGAUAAAGUGAAAGCCUGAAAAUGAAGAGUACAUAUGGAAGGUGUGAGACAUCAUUCUUAUUAUCGAAAUUUGUCUACAAGAAAAGCUACUUAUCCACUAUAUAUAUAUAUAUAUAUAUAAAAGAAAUAUAGUACAAACUUCAAAAAUCAAACUAUAGAAAAAGAGAAAUGUAGGAUCAAUAUUAUUCUUGAAUGAGUAUUGAUAAUUAGAACAUCUUAUAAAUAUAUCUAUGAGUGAAUAAGUGGUAAAGAUGUGAAUAGAAGAAGUAAAAGUCUAGAUUAUUAUUCCAAGGAGUGUUUGACAUCAUUUUUAAAUACUUAAUAUAAAAAUCUUAAGUGUCUAAAAGUACAUCAUUUAUAAUUAUAUUUUUCUUAUGUAUUAAAAUAUGAUAUUUGGGAUUUAUAAAUUUUUAUUUUCGUAAUUCUAUUGUUAAGGGACUAAUAAUGAUUUAAAUUGGGGGGUGUGAUAAGUCUUCAUUAUCAUGAGUCUAUAAUGAAUAAAUAAUAUAGUUUUACCCUUAACUCAUAAUAAAUAGACUUAUAUUUAUGUUAAAUUUUGAAAAGUGAUUUUUAAUUGAUUAAUGUGAAUUUUUGAUUAAUUAUACAAUUUCUUAUGAACUUAUAUAAUUUUUAUAGUCCUAUUUUUUAGAUAAAUGAAGAAAAAAAAUUAAAAUAAAACAAUACAACAAAAAUGGACCGUCAGUCAACCAGGCCCGCAAGUGGAUCGAAAGUGCAAUUGAGGGGAGCCACGAGUAAGGGCUCGAGCGACUAGGACAGAUGAAGGCAUGUGUGCACCACUCCUCUUCCAUGUCACCAAUGGCCAACCGACUUUGAAGCAAGGAGUGAUUGUACAUGCGAGAGAAAAUAACUCAUUACUUACAAAUAUAAUAUGACUAUAUAUUCGCCCAAAACUUUGAUGCACAAGUGAUGUGAGACUAAACUUGCGUCACACCUUCUUUUGAAAGGCUUUAAAGAUUUUAAUAUAUAAAUUACCCCUUAGUUGUAAUAGAGAUAUAUUAUGAUGAUGUCACUUGAUAAGACAAUUAGAGUAUUUAUUUUAAUCUCUCUCAUAUAGGUGGACAAUUAGUGUGAGUUAAAAUCCUCCUAGAGUCAAAACUAAUAUUUUUUAUCUAAUUAUCACGACUUUCUAACAAAUCACCAGUGAAAGAUUAAGCCACCAAAAUUACUGGUUCAUUGGCAAAAAUCUCAUCAAUACGAUUUGCAGAGUAUUAUUAUUAAAAUUGUUGAACGAUUCAUGAUAAAAGGAUCAUGAAUCCAUCAAGUAAAUCAUAUCCGAUUGAUCAAUGAACAAGUCAUCGUCGAGAAGAUGACAAUCCACUAGGAGACAAGUCGUUACCUUUUGAGAACGUACCAGAUGUGUUGAAGAGCCUCAUUUUGUUGCACGGAUCUGAGGAUGAAGCUUCCUAACAUGUCCCUCACCUCUAUCUAGUUGCUCUCCAUCAAGUGACAAUCAUUGGAGAACCGUAAAGUUGCCGUUUUUCUACUUUAUCGGGUGACAGUCGUUAGAGAUGAUUUGAUGACUCAUUUCAUUGAUCUCUACACUUUCUAAAGAGAUCUAGAGAUUGCCCACGUCGUCCUUGUCGAAGAAGAGUUUUUGAGGCUGAGGACACUACAUGACGAUCCUCUCGAAUGCCCAAGAUUCUGAUGCAUCAUUGAUGCAUCGUCACUAUGAUGUUAGAGUUUUGUUUUUCUACUUUCGACUUAAUUUUUACUUCAUUUAGUGAUAAUUUGUGUGAUUUAAAUUUACCGAGUUAUACUUCAUUCAACUAUGAUUCUUCUAGCUUUUACAAAUCUUAAUUUGAUCAAUUAAAUCAUUUAUAAUCACUUAUGUAAGAAUCACUAGAUACAACUUUGUUUCCACCUAAUUCACAUUCAUCAGGUGACAAAUUUUAAAUAGUUUCCUUUUUCAUUUUUAAAUAUAUUUUAAAUAUAUUUUAAAUAUAUUUAUCUACAUCCUUAUUUCCAUUUUUUGCAAAUUAUAAAUAUAUUUUAUUUUCAUUUCUUUAUAUCAAAUUUAUAAAAACUUAUAUUCUUUAAGAAAAAUUCUGAUAAAAUAUCUGAUAUUAUAUUACAUCCCUAUGAUCAACUUGAAAGAUUACCACUAUUUUUAAAAGUUUUAUAGAAUUAUAAUUGAUAUGUUUAUUCAUAAAUACUUCUCAAUAUCCAAAAAUUAGUAUUUUCUAAUUUUAUAAAUUUAAAAUUUACGUGAUUUACUAUACAACAACUAAGUUAGGUCAGCAAGAUUGGUUCGGAUAUUAUUAAUUUUGGAGCUAUGCAUCAUUAGAACUUGGUGUCAUUAGUGCUCAUGGAGAUGAUCCAAGAGGUCAAUAAUUUACUCAUAAUUAUAGAAUUUCAUCUCAUUACUUUAUCACCCCUUAUUGUUGCAUUCCCUAUAGUAAUAUAUCUCAAUAUUUUUUGUAGACUGUUUGUAGCCUCGAAAUAAUAGCUAGUUUUUUAUUUAUAAAAAUAUUUGGAAGAAGAAUCUUAACAUCCUUUCAUCUAGAGAGAGAGAAAGCAAGAGCAUCAAUAUUGUUUUUUUACCAUCUUUCACUAUUGAACUGAAAAAACAAACUUGUACUGCCAUGACCAAAAUGUAUUGCCUUUUGAGUUAUUAUGAGAGAUCUUGUUAUGUCAAAAUGGUACUUUUGUACUAAAUUUAAUGAAACAUCAUCUUGUUGUAAUGAUUAUCAGAAAUUUAUUUCUUUUAAGAUUUUCUUUUCAUAGGGUUUUGUGGAAGAGGACAAGGUCGAUUCCUUUAAUUUACCAUUCUAUUCACCUUCUAUUAAGGAGGUGGAGCAUGAAAUAGAAUAGAAAGGGUCCUUUUCCUUGGAGUGCCUCAAAGUGUUUGAAGUAGAUGCCAAUGUCAAUAAUACUGAAUUAAGUUCAGAUACAAGUGGAAGUCAGACAAUUGCAAAGACAAUACAAGCAGCAUCUGAGCCCAUUCUUGCAAGUCAUUUUGGAAGUACUAUUAUUGAAAGUUUGUUCUUUAGAUUUGCCAAAGCUUUGGAGGAAGAUACUACAAGAAACCAGUUUAAUUUCACCAACAUAACUAUAUCCUUAGCAAGAAAGACUUGA